GCAUGAGAGUGUUGCAUAUGAGGUUUUUUUUAGACUGAAACUAUGAGCCCUGAAUGAAGGUGUGGUUUUCACGUUCUUUAGUUUGAACCGGGGACUGAGAGCUGAUAAAAGCGGCUCAGCCUGUUAUUUGCAGAGGGUUGGGAGAGAAGCAGGCAGGGAGAGACAUGGCAGAACCAGCAGCGGUGGAAGCAGCUCCCAAACAGCAGAACCUGUGCGGGGUCUGCUCAGGUGAAGUGAGCGAAUGUAAGCCCACAGCUUGUGGUCACUCCGUCUGCGUUUCCUGUCAAGGAGACAAAACUAAAGGAUGUCCAAAGUGCCUUCAGAGUCCUGCUGUCAAACCAGCUCCUGACAAUGGGCCUCAGCAAAAUGGAACAGCUGCUGCUUCUCUUGAGAAAACCAAAGAAGAACAAAGUCAAGACCCAAAGCCUGUGGUGGAAGUUAAAGUACAAGGAGAGCUGAAAGCCCCAGUAGAGAGUGAGACAAAGCCAGAGCCACAGACAGACCAGGGCCCAGAACCAGAGGAAGCAAAGGAGGAGCCAUUGGGUCCCGAUGAUGUGGUGUGUGACUCCUGCAUCGAAACCCCCUGCAGGGCCUUGAAGUCCUGUCUCACCUGUAUGGUGUCUUACUGUGAGACCCACCUCCGGCCUCACCUGGAGAACCCAAAGUUUCAGAACCACAGGUUGGUGGAGCCGCUCAGGGACAUUGAGAGGCGUACCUGUGAGGGUCACAAGUGGCCCUUGGAGCUUUUCUGCUUUGCUGAUUCCUGCUGCAUCUGUCAAGACUGUUUAAAAGAGGAGCACCGAGGUCACAAGACAGCCCCUGUGGAGGAGGCUCGGAGACAGAUAGAGAAAGAGCUGAGAGAGAAACAGACACAAAUGGUGAAGAUGGUUACGGCAGGAGACAACUCCAUCAACAAACUCCAAGACAACAGAGUUUCUAUCGAGCAAUCAGUGACAAAGGUACGGUCUGUGAUCGAGAGCCAGUUCCAGGAGCUUCAAGUGAUGGUGGAGAAGGCCAAGAAGGAGGUGACGGAGAUCCUGGAGGCUGAGGAGAGCCAGGCGCUGAAGCAAGCUGAUGGCAUCCAGGUUCACCUGGAGCAGAGGUGCACAGAGCUGAAAAAAGCUCAAGCCCAAACGGAGAAGCUGUCCAAAAAUAAAAAUGAUGUAGAUUUCCUGCAGGAAUAUGCUGAGUGGAAGAAAGAAGCCACUGAUAAUUCUCUAUCUGGUAUCUAUAUUGGCCUGGAGGAUCGUUUGGACUCCUUCAGUCAGGUGAUCCAGGAGUCCACAAGCAAUCUUUGUGACAUGCUGGUCUCUACAUACAUUCAGAAGAUCAAGGACAAGUGCAACAAUGAUGAAAUAGGAAUAAAGAUAGCAGUUCAAACGAAUACUGCAGCCAAGCAUGAUGUAUCCAAACCCGAUCCACAGACACAUGCUGACUUUCUCCAGUAUGCCGCUCAAGUAAGUUUUGAUGCUAACACAGCUCACAAGUUCCUCCGCCUGACUGAGGAGAACAAGAAGGUGACCAACACCACGCCCUGGCAGCAUCCUUAUCCCGAUGUUCCUGAACGCUUUGAGAACCAUCGGCAGGUCCUGGCUGCUGAAAGCUUCUAUGUAGGUCGCCACUACUUUGAGGCCGAUCUUAGUGGUGAAGGCACUCAUGUCGGGGUCACAUACAAGAGCAUUGACCGGAAGGGGGAGGAGAGCAGCAGCUGCAUUACAGGAAACAAAUUCUCUUGGUGUCUCCAGUGGAAUGGGCGAACUUACUCAGCGUGGCACAACGAUGAGGAGACACCACUGAACGUGGAGAAGUUCACUCGAAUUGGUGUUUAUGUUGACUAUUCCCAUGGCCUUCUUUCUUUCUAUGGGGUGGCCGAUACCAUGACACUCCUUCACCAGUAUCAGGCCCAGUUUCUAGAGCCACUUUAUCCAGCUUUCUUCCUGCCCAAGAAAGAGAAUAUUGUAGUUCUGGUGGCUCCUGGGGAACCAUUACUGCUGAAAAGCCCCUCUCCCCCUACUUCACCAGAAGAGGACCCUUUGUUUCACAAUCCUAAUCAAUGAGAGCUUAAAAAACUGAACUGCUACAUGAUUACAUAUGAAAGAGGGAAAUGUGGAAACUUUUGACAUGUUCAACUUGUUUGCUUAGUUGGAAGCAAUGUGCUUAUGAAUUAUAUUUAUGGCUUUGGGACUACCGUUACUGGAAAAUUUUCUGUUACUGUUCUGCAUGGAAAUAAAAAUGUGUAUCAGUU